AGCAAUCAUUCAAAUUCAGCACUAGAACGCCUUAUGUCAAUCAAUCAUGAUAAUAGCUUCAAAGAGAUAUUGAAUUUAUUCAGUAUUCCCAGUUGUAAGGUGUAAUACAAUCUGCAUGGACUACAUACUGAAAAAUGAAGGCCUUUCCUCCAAAUAACCUUUGAGGCGCUGGAACCAAAAUGUGUAUUUUAGGUGAUGGGUUAAUGUGUGGGCUAUGGGAACCAGUUUAAUCUUCGAGAUAAGAUGGAUCAAGAUAUAUCAUAUUCAACCACCGUUGAACUUUCGAUAGCCUGCAGAAAUUUGUGCGACACUGGUGUUUUGUCGAAAUCCGACCCACUUGUUGUUGUGUUUGAAAAGUCAUUCCCUGAUAAUCAAUGGAUUGAACUAGAUAGGACGGAAACCAUACAUAACCAUUUAAAUCCUGAUUUCGCUAAGAAGAUUGUCAUGGAAUAUCAUUUUGAGGAGCAACAACGUUUAAAUUUUGUUGUGUAUGAUGUCGAUUGGAAGUCAGAUAAGUUAGAAAAACAUGAUUUUCUUGGCAAUUGUGAGACAACUCUUGGUGAAAUUGCGUCUUCUGGAAAGAUAAGUAAACUCUUAAAAAAUGGUCCUUCGAGUGAUUGUGGGUCAAUUAUUAUUUCUGCAGAGGAAGUUUCUUCUUGUAAAGUAAGCUACUCUUUUCAUCUUACUGGCUUUUGGAGGAUGAAUUGACACUUGACAUUUCUGGGAGGAUGCUAGAUAAAAAAGACAUAUUUGGAUCAUCUGAUCCUUUCCUCGCAUUUUACAGGGUAAAUGAAGACAGAAGUCGAACAGUCGUUUAUAGAACAAAAGUGAUAAGAAACACAUUGAAUCCAAACUGGGAGCAAAUGAUUAUACCAUUAAGGCUUUUAUGUAAUGGAGAUCAUUACAGACCCCUGGUCAUUGCUUGCAUUGACUGGAACAGGAGUGGAAGAGAAAGUUUGAUUGGCGAAAUUACUACAUCUGCUAAUGAAUUGUUAACUAUGUUUAAUAAUGGGAUAUAUUCACUUGAUCUUAUUAAUCCCCACAAAGCUAAAAGACAUAAACAUUACCAGAAUUCUGGAACUCUGCAUUUGAAUUUGGUCAGGAUCGAAAAAGUAUACAGCUUUCUGGAAUAUGUCCAAGGAGGUACUGAACUAAGCUGCUGUAUUGCAAUAGAUUUUACAGCAAGUAAUGGUAGUCCACAAGUUCCCGGUACAUUACAUUACAGCACAGUUACUCAACCAUCACAGUACGCGGUUGCUUUACAAGCUGUAGGAGAAAUAAUCAGUGAUUACGAUAGUGAUAAUCUAUUUCCUUCAUUUGGAUUCGGUGCUUGUAUUCCACCUGAUAAUAAUGUGUCACAUUGCUUUCCCCUGUUUUAGUCUAUUACCUUUUUCGACCAAUAAUCUCUAACUCAGUUAUCCUAUAUUAUUAGUCUUGAUCAGUCUGAUCAGUCAUAAUCUCUGUCUUUUUGCAAUGGACACAUGGAUAAUCCGUACUGUGAGGGUAUUCAAGGUGCAAUGGCUGCUUAUGCCCAUUCAUUGAGAACAGUAAAGUUCCAUGGACCAACAAAUUUUGCUCCAAUCAUUAACACAGUAGCUAGUAUUGCUCGUCAGUCUGUCGAUGGUUCCCAAUACUCCAUUUUACUGAUUCUCACUGAUGGGAUCAUAUCAGAUUUGCCUCAAACAAAGGCUGCUAUAGUAAAUGCGUCCAGUUUACCUUUAAGUAUCAUUAUUGUUGGCGUCGGUCCUGCGAAUUUCGAUGAAAUGGAAGAACUUGAUGGUGAUGAAGUAAGACUAAGUUCUCGUGGAAAAACGGCGAUUCGUGAUAUUGUUCAGUUUGUUCCUUUUCGCAAUUUCCACCAGUUGAAUAAUGUUCAAGAGAGUAAAAGACGUUUAACUAAAGCUGUUCUCUCAGAAAUCCCAGAUCAAUUGGUAUCUUAUAUGCGAAUGCAAGGAAUUAAACCGUUGAAUACACAAAAUAAUGAUUUUAAGAUAGGAACACAUUCAGAAUUCAGGGAUUCAAGUUGUAAAAUGUAUCAUUCAGAUAAAUUGCCUCACGCUCCACCUUAUCCUACUGAUAUUGCUAAUCCACCUUAUCCAAAUUGUUAAUAAAAUUAAUCUAGUAUAAAUGUGUCAAAUAAUAUAGAACAAUUUAUUUGAAUAUAUAAAGCAUGGCUUUAAACUAAAAUGAAUGUUUUUUUUGUAUAGUUGAACUUCUACCUUUCAUACUAUGUUAAAACAUUCAUAACUUUUUAAAUUUUUUCCGGCUGAUGAUAAUCAUGGUCGCAAUGUUUGCAUUCUAUGUGAUUUGCAAGAUUAAUAAGCAUUAACAUAUUUAUGUUAAUCAUAAUGCUUAAUAUCUGCAAGCAGAAUUCAUAUAUAUCCCAAUAAUUUACUUAUCCAUAUAAAUAUUACCUAAUUCUAUUUGAAUUUAUGCAUAGAAUUUUGAUGUCGUAUGUGCAAUAACGCCAUAAUGUCCUAUCAUUGUAUUUCCUUUUUGGCUUAUAUAUUUUUUUCUGAAGUUGUUUUUUUUCUUCUUACAAAAUAACAAUAAUAAAUUCCUAAAUGUGGUUUACGUUUAGUCAAAACCAGUUUCCAAAUAUGUGUCUCUUACAACUAUAAUAAAUCCUCCUAUUAUUAGUGUCUUACUCAAUUUACUCUUGUUUUUUCAUAAACGUUUUUUUUGUUUUUCAUUCUUUUCUAACGGUGAAAACAAUAAUGAUAUGAAAACCAUGGGUCAUAGUAACAAAAAAAGCGGAAUUCUUAUCUAAUUAAUGUCAUAUCUUCUUGUACCUUACAAGCUAUUGUUAGUACACCUGAUAUAACUACUUUUAAUUUCACUACUCCUCAAUAAGAAGAUAAUACCAGAGAAAAUUAAUCAUCUGUUAUUGCAGAAGAAAAGUAAAAAAAUUGCUGCUUGUAACACCGCAUUUCCGUAUACAUUUAAAUAGUUGUAAGGUCG